AUGUGGAUUCUACCGCUAGUGGGAUAUCUCGGGGUGGUGGUCGGGUUUGCUUUUCUUACUCUGGCCAUAGCUUCGGGGCUCUAUUAUCUAUCCGAGCUGGUCGAGGAGCACACCGUUCUUGCCCGCCGACUCUUGACUCGAAUGAUCUACGGCAUCAUCGCGGUUCAAGUGCUUCUCAUGAUCGUUGACCGGUUCCCCGUGUCACUAUCCAUGCUAAGCAUUGUCUCGCAUCUGGUCUACGCCAGCAAUUUGCGCCGAUUCCCUAUAGUGAAACUAUCCGAUCCUCUCUUCAUCCUUUCCUGUCUUCUCGUCGGAACCAAUCACUGGCUAUGGUUCCGCCAUUUCUCGAAGCCCUUACCUCCGUCUGCGAACAACUGGCGCCAACCGUAUGGGGUCAAUUAUGAGGAGAUGCCUUCUUUCUCUGAAGUUGCAUCAUAUUUUGGACUCUGUGUUUGGCUGGUUCCGUUCGCCCUCUUCGUCAGUUUAAGCGCCGGAGAAAAUGUGUUGCCCAGCAUGGGUUCUGAGUAUGCCACUGGGGAGCGUGUCAACACUGCUGGCUUGGGUCACAGCCGUGGUCCCUCUGAUGGCAAGUCCAAGAACAAGGGAAUGGCCAAGGCCCUGGUGGACGGCGUCCGAGACUGGGCAAGGGAUAACGGCGAACUCAUGGGCCUCUGGAGAGGAGAACAGACGAGACGAUUCUGA